AUGUCUUCUCUUAGCUCAUCUGAGACCACGGAGUCAACCAUCGUGGUGAUUGGUGCUGGGAUCAUCGGCUUGACCAGCGCCCUCGAGAUCCAGCAAUUAAUAGCAGAGUCUCCAUCCGCUGCAUCAACAUCCGUGCUUCUCGUCGCUAAGGAAUGGCCAACUUCAAUUCCGGGAGCUCCAAUCGCCCAUUCGGCUGACUAUGCUUCCAUGUGGGCUGGCGCUCAUGUCCGACCCAUCCCCGCAUCAACGCCCCAGCUUCGCCGUGAAGCGAAAUGGGUGAAAACAACUGUCGCUGAGCUGGAGAAGCAUCUCCAGAGUGAGCCCGGAGUUGGAAUCCGUCGUCUACCGGGAAUCGAGUACCUCGAGGAUCCGCCGGCGGAGUAUGUCAAGCAAGACGCGACAAGUUUCACUGCUGAGACUGGAUUGCCGGGAUAUCGCAAGUUCGAGAUUCAUGAGCUUCCGGAGGGCGUAAAGCUUGGAUUCGAGUAUGAGACAUAUUGCAUUAAUGCGCCGUUUUACAGCGCCAAUCUACUCCGGAAGUUCAUUGUUCAAGGUGGCAAGACUGUCCAGCGGGACCUGAAGAGUGAAUGGGAAGCCUUCAUUCUGGCGCCUGAUGUGAAGCUUGUAGUCAAUGCAAGCGGAAUGGGUUUUGGAGACGCAAAGUGCUUCCCUAUCAGAGGUCAAACGGUGUUGACAAAUCUCACUGCCGCCGACAAGACUAUCACAGCACAAAAGAAGGAUGGAACGUGGAGCUUCGUCAUCCCCAGGUCUUUCAAUGGCGGAACAGUCAUUGGCGGCACCAAAGAAAUGGGCAACUGGGAUCUCGAGCCAUCACAAGAGACGCGUAAUAAGCUACUAAAGGCAGCGGAGUCCAUCAUUCCCCAAGCAUGCAGCCAGGAACAAGACGUUGGCUCGCUGAAGGUGAUCAAGGAUGUCGUUGGGAGAAGACCAGCUCGUGAAGGAGGUAUGAGAGUAGAGACCGAAUCUAAGGAUACUACUUGGGGUGUCAAACAUGUUGUGCACGCUUAUGGAGCUGGGGGGCGUGGUUAUGAGCUUUCUUGGGGCGUGGCGAGUGAAGUCGCGGAGCUUGCGAAGGAGAAAUAUGUUGAGCCCAAGCAGGCGGGUAGCAAGGAAAUAGGGACUUGA